GGGGGGACCGUUGGCAGGAGCGCUCGGCCGUGGACGGGUGGACGGCUGUAUACGAUCAAGAUGGCCAACCCCGCGCGGCGUCGACGAACUUGUAAGGGCACUGGCGAACGACUGCUGCGCGCUCGACGAUGUCAAAAACUAAAGCACACGGACGACUGCCCGAAGGGGUGGUCCUUGACCCCCCUUCACCGGUGCGUGUGCGAUGCAGCGUCUAUUAGAGAGACGCUUUCGCGCCCAGACGCAAUUCCCACGCAGGUAGGACGAAACGCGCACCGGCUACUACUGCUGCCCCGUGCUCUUCCGUCGCGCUGCUACCAGGGGCCCGGUAGUGCAUGUACAGGUGGAGAGUCACUGUCCCUUGACGCCCAAGAAGGUCUUCUUCGAAGCUUCGUGCCGGACAAAGGAGCCGCAGUCAGCAGGAAAUCCUCCUGGCUGGUACUCGCUCUUUGAACGGUCCGCUUCAUGUUAGAAGCACGAUGGAGCGUGAGGUAGACGUGGCGACGUUUGCACCGAACGCGAUGGCGUCGAAUUGAAACACCGCAGUCCGGCAGGUCUUGGUGAAGCUGCUGCCCGAGCCGACAGAGGAGCCGACCCGCCGAC